GCGAACCCCUCCCCUGUUGCUCCCCCAGAAAAUGGAGACCUGUGGUGUGCGGGACCCGGCAGACGGCGCUAGUGCCAUCCUUUUGAACCUCACAUUUUCUCUGAUCCCACCCAUGGGAGAGAGGGAGCGGAGUUGAGGUGAGGAGGAGGUGCCACGGGACCACCUCGAUGCUGGUGGGGGUUCGAGGGAAUGCUCACAGAUAUUCCGUGUGCUUCGCCAUCAACAGCUGCGAGGGCUUGCAAAAUGCAGUGCGCACUCGUCCCAAGUGCUGACACGGAACACUUGGUUGGCAAACGGGACCCCCUGUCCGAACAAGCAAGCAGGGGUAGGCGGCAUGUGGAACUGCCAACGGAGGUUCCUGGAAACGGUCCAGUGGGUCGCCGUUCAGAGGCUGGCCACACCCCUGGAACCCGCAGUGAGUGCUCAGGGGGAGCUCCCAGCGUCAGUGCGCCCCAUCGAAGGUACAUGUACAAGUACCUAUCCGGGAUCAGGGGGCGAGCCGAGGAGUCGAGUUUGAGGAUGACAAGACAGCAUCACAAAAUCACGACAGGGACCGCAGUACGACAAGCUCCACCACGCACUCGGCAUGAGAACAGGCGCACCGAGAGCUCAGACCGCCAAUCCCCUGUCUCACUGCGUUGCCGGUUUCUCAUCGUCAACGGCAGGACUGGGGGGUUCUCAUUGGGUCGAAGGUUGGCGACCUGGGGUUGCUGCGUCGUGGUCGGCGGGCCGUGCGUCUGGGACCGGCAGGGGCAGGGAACGAGAAAGGCCAGGGAUCCUCUCCGACACUUUUUUAUUAUUUAUUAUUUUUUGACAGGGAAGACGAGCGAACGUUGUGGGAUCCGCCUGCAAGUUGAGGUGCCGCAGAGGAACAUCGUGGCAUCGCAGCCAGUGACCGGCAGCCAGUGACCGACAGCCACCGCAACGCGAGCCGGGCAGGGCCCAGAUAGAUUGGCAGCGGUUGUUGGGGCCAGGCUCGACCAGGAAGCACCAGAAGCGGCAGCAGCAAUGCACCAGCAUCAGGCUAGCAUUCAAAUGUCCCCACCUGACCGACAGGUUGGAGGCUCGGGUCUGGCCUGCCUCACUGCUGGUCGCUAAUAACACAACGUACAUAAUUAUUGUUCCUUCCUUGCCUUAACUGGCUGCUCUCUUUCUCUCUC